GUCUGCUUCGUGAGUGUGGGAAAAUUGCUGUUUGUAAGUUUGGAAUUGUGAAUCAUUUUACAUCGGUAGUUCUCAAGUAGUAUAAUAUAUAUUUAAAUCAGAUUUAAUAAACCAUAAGUAUCAGUAUGUCGAUUGGUGUUCCAAUUAAAGUACUUCAUGAAGCUGAAGGUCAUAUUGUAACAUGUGAAACAAACACUGGAGAAGUAUACCGAGGAAAAUUGGUCGAAGCCGAAGAUAAUAUGAACUGUCAAAUGUCUAAUAUUACAGUAACGUAUCGAGACGGAAGAGUAGCUCAAAUGGAAAAUGUCUACAUCAGAGGUAGUAAAGUAAGAUUUUUGAUAUUACCAGACAUGUUGAAAAAUGCACCUAUGUUCAAAAAAACUGGGAGUAGAGGCGUUGCAGCUGCGGCUGGAAGAGGAAAGUCCGCAAUAUUACGUGCUCAAGCUGCUAGAGGGAGAGGAAGAGCUCGGCCAAUUUUCCAGAGAAGAAAAUAAAUCUCCAGCCACGAGUUUGUGUAUCAUAUUUUAAGUCAUUAUAUGCCAUAAUCAUCUCCACUCCAUUAUCUUUGGAUUGCCAGGUUUUCAUAGUUAAAUGUUUCACAUUAAUUUUUUUUUCACUUGAUGUGCUUGCUUCAUAAGGAAUAAAAAAAUGUUUGGUACUAAAA